ACACCUGGACCAAUUGGAAAUGGGAUGGUUAGCUCAUAGCUGCGUGGGUGUAGUAGGGUUCUGAUAAUCCACACUCCCUUCUCCCUCCUCCCUCUCCCUCUCCCUCUCCCCCUCCCUAAACACAGAGGUAACAUUCUCUCUUUGGUGGUAUGGGUUUUUGCCAUUUGUUCUGUACAAGUGCUUUGAAUUUCACUGUAACCAUUAGAGAAUGUGUUUCCCUUUGGACUGUCAUUUUUUUCUGUCUUUGAAUGUUUUUUUGGUUAUGCUCCGUUUGGCUGAUGAGGAAAUGCGGGAAAGGGAAAGCAAUUGAAGUUUCGAAGUUUGGAAGGUGCGAUUUCCAGCCACCAAAACAGCUAUAAAUCUUUGUAUCCUAAAAUCUGGUGAACUUUCUGAACAUUAUGCAUGCUAUAAAAGGUGGAUGGGUUGGGCAAACUUUUGCCCUAGCUAAGGGGAAUGAUUCUGGAAGGAGAAAGUCUCGAAUUCGCCGGUCAAAAGAGGAGAGGAAGGAAAUGGUGGAAUCCUUUAUAAAGAAAUAUCAGAAAUCAAAUGAUGGCAAUUUCCCAUCACUCAAUCUUACACACAAGGAAGUUGGUGGGUCUUUCUACACAGUGCGAGAGAUUGUCCGAGAGAUUAUCCAAGAAAAUAGAGUGCUGGGUCCUGCUAAGUUGACCCCAGAAGAGCAGCACAUGGUUGAGUUAUCUGAGCAAUAUCCUCUUGGAUCAAUUUCCUUAGAACCUCAAGUUCACCUGUCAUCAUCAGUUGAAACUGAUUCAGUACCCGACCAUCAUCAGAUUAGGAGUGAAGAACUGGUUCUGGAUUCUAGUAGAAAAUACACUGGAUCUGAACAUCACAUAUUUGACAAUGGAUGGAUCAUUAAUGGGAGUCAUAUGGAAAAGAAAAAUGAAGAAUCUGACAUGCCAAUAUAUGCAGAGUUGGAAGUUGCUGAAACUUCAGGGGCAAAGAAUGCUCUUUUAGAAGAAGUAGAAGUAACUGCUGCUAAAGUGACGGAUAUAGCAGCAGAUGUAGUGGUAGAGACGUUUCCAUUAAGGUCUUUUACUAAGCCAUCUUACAGCUUGGAUGGGGAGCUAGGUGAAGCAAGCAUUAUGACUGGAAUUUUGGAAGAAAAGGAAACAGAGAAGGUGGAAACAGAAACAGGAAAAAGUUCUGUUUUGGAUGGAAAGAAUUCAGUAGAGGACCCUUUUGGUUUGGUGGAUGAGAAAGCAGUCACAAGCCCCGGAGGUUCAUUGUUGGAAAUGAACUCUGGUUUGAUUGAUGAGGAAGCAGUUAAAAAUGUUGCAGAUCCAUUGUUGGAAAGCUCCAAUAUCACUUCAAUCAACAAAGAUGUUGUGCAUGAUGAUCAGGAUGGCACUGUUCUUGAAGUUAAAAUAUCUCAUGGUGACUGCUUAUCAUCAGACACAUUUGAGCAAAGCCAGGAGAUUGCUGAAAAUAAGAAUUUAGAUUCUCCAAAUGGCAUCCAUAGCGAGAAUAUGACUGGGUCUAGUACCAGCAGUGCCUGUAGUGAAACCAUUUCUGAAGAGGCAAUUGUGAUUGAAAAGAAACCCAAUAUUGAAGAUGGUAGCAUCCCCCAGAAAGGAAGCAGUCCAACUCUAGACAGAAUUAAUCUUGAAUCAUGGGAAGGAGCAUCCAAGAAAUCUACAGAGCCAGAAACUAACCCAUUUCUGGCAUUCAUUAAGGCAUUUGUAGCUGGCUUUGUGAAGUUUUGGUCUGAGUAAAAUUUUCCCAUUUAUUUUCUUCAGUUUCGAUGCCCCAGAUGAAAGGUUUAGAACCUGCCAAUGGAAGGGGCAUGAUUUGGUUGAGUCUUUGCUCAUAUCAGAGAAUGUAGUUGUUCUUAGUGUGUCUUGUCAUUUCUUUAUCUUUUAUUUUUCCAGUAAUUUUUUGUGGAACACUCUUUGUUGUGCAUGAUUCAGAAAGUUUGGCAUUGCUGAAUA